AUGCAGAUCUUUGUGAAAACGCUCACUGGCAAGACUAUCACCCUUGAGGUCGAGUCGUCCGAUACCAUCGAUAACGUGAAAGCCAAGAUCCAAGACAAGGAGGGCAUCCCUCCCGACCAACAACGCCUCAUUUUUGCCGGCAAGCAACUCGAGGACGGACGUACUCUGUCUGACUACAACAUCCAGAAGGAGUCCACCCUUCACCUUGUCCUCCGCCUUCGUGGUGGCAUGCAGAUCUUUGUGAAGACGCUCACCGGCAAGACCAUUACGCUUGAGGUUGAAUCGAGCGACACCAUCGACAAUGUGAAGGCGAAGAUCCAGGAUAAGGAGGGCAUCCCUCCGGACCAGCAGCGUCUCAUCUUCGCCGGCAAGCAGCUUGAAGAUGGCCGCACCUUGUCCGACUACAACAUUCAGAAGGAAUCUACUCUCCAUCUCGUUCUUCGUCUCCGUGGUGGCAUGCAAAUCUUCGUGAAGACGUUGACGGGCAAGACAAUCACGUUGGAGGUCGAGUCGAGCGACACCAUCGACAACGUGAAGGCAAAGAUUCAGGACAAGGAGGGCAUCCCGCCUGAUCAGCAGCGCCUCAUCUUCGCCGGCAAGCAGCUCGAGGACGGCCGCACGCUCUCCGACUACAAUAUUCAGAAGGAGUCGACCCUUCACCUUGUCCUUCGCCUGCGCGGUGGCAUGCAGAUCUUUGUCAAGACGUUGACCGGGAAGACAAUCACGUUGGAAGUCGAGUCCUCGGAUACUAUUGACAACGUGAAGGCCAAGAUCCAGGAUAAGGAGGGGAUUCCGCCUGACCAGCAACGCUUGAUCUUCGCAGGCAAGCAGCUUGAAGACGGACGGACUCUUUCGGAUUACAACAUUCAGAAGGAGUCCACGCUGCACCUCGUCCUUCGCUUGCGUGGUGGGCUUUGA